AUGGCGUCGUCAGUUCUUCCAGCAUCGCGGCUCGUUGCCAGGCCAUUGUCAGCAUUGUCAGCUUCAUCAGCCAUCCUACGACAAGCCGAACGAUCGCCUUUCUUUCGUGCUGCGACAGCUCAAUUUCACUCUUCAAGUCCCAGAAAUGCCUUACCUUCAGGUCCCCCGCCGCAAGGCUACAGACUCCCACGACCAAAAAGAUUCUAUGAGGGCGAGGGGGUGAUGGACAAAGCUAGCAAUUAUUUUCUUCUCACCGAGAUGCUGAGGGGAAUGUAUGUGGUGUUAGAACAAUUCUUCAGACCACCUUAUACAAUCUACUACCCGUUCGAAAAAGGGCCUAUCUCACCACGAUUCCGAGGCGAGCACGCAUUGAGGCGCUAUCCCUCUGGCGAGGAAAGAUGUAUCGCCUGCAAGCUCUGCGAAGCCAUCUGCCCCGCCCUAGCCAUCACAAUUGAAGCCGAGGAAAGAGAAGACGGCUCGAGAAGAACUACUCGUUAUGACAUUGAUAUGACAAAGUGCAUUUACUGCGGGCUCUGCCAGGAGAGCUGCCCGGUUGAUGCUAUCGUCGAGACACCCAAUGCUGAGUACGCAACAGAGUACCGCGAAGAGCUCCUGUAUAACAAGGAGAAGUUGCUCGCCAAUGGGGAUAAGUGGGAGCCUGAAUUGGCUGCUGUGGCAAGAGCGGAUGCACCUUACAGAUAA